CCCUAAGUUAUAACUGAAUCUUCCACGUUACAAUAAAAAUGGUUACAACUAUUAAACCUCUUUUACUAUCCUUCAGCAUAAUGCUAUUGGGUCUAGUACUUGCCGUUAAGGCUGACGAUGAUUUAACUACCGAUAUUGGUAGCAAGAGAUUUUUGAUAAAAACCGGCAAAAAACUUAAUUGGUACCAAGCCAAUCAUGCGUGUACGCGUGUGGGUAUGACUCUAGCAUCUAUUGAAUCGGAGACAGAGCAAACAAAUUUAAGGAAUUAUUUGUUUUCUCAGGGUCACUUGAGCGAUGGUUUCUGGUUGUCUGGAAAUAAUUUGGCUGACGAAACUGUCUAUACUUGGUUGUCGAAUGGUAAUAAAUUAAGCUAUACAAAUUGGCUUAGCGGACAACCUAGUCCUUUAGCAAAUUACUGUGUUUUCACCGAUGUGGACUUUAAGUGGAACACAGUGUUAUGCGCUGGCACAACCCCUGAUGUAAAAUACUAUAUUUGUUCAAGACCACUUGUACCAAACUGUGGUAUAACUGGACGUUGUAAAAUAAAUAGAAGUUUUUAUUAUUGAUUUGAUAUACAAACUUAAUUAUGAAUAAAAAACUAUUUCCAGAACAUUUAAAA